AUGACCCCGUCAACAUCCCAUAUUUCGAGCCAGCUGAGGCAAAUGGUAUACUACCAUCUUGACAACAACCUUGUUCAGAACGCGCUGUUCCUCGCCGGCCGCUUACAUGCCUACGAACCUCGCACAUCGGAAGCCUCAUACCUACUAGCGCUCUGUUACCUGCAAAGCGGCCAAGUAAAAGCGGCAUGGGAAACUAGCAGGAAUUUCGGUUUGCGGGGCACACAUCUCGGCUGUUCUUACGUCUACGCGCAGUCAUGUCUAGACCUUGGGAAAUAUAUGGAUGGCAUCAACGCGCUAGAACGGAGCAAGUCUUUGUGGAGCUCAAGGAAUCAUUGGAACAAACAUAGUGAAACGCGCAGACAACACUUGCCAGACGCCGCCGCGGUACUAUGUUUACAAGGGAAAUUAUGGCAAGCUCACAAGGAACACAACAAGGCUGUAGAUUGCUACGCUGCAGCUCUCAAGCUGAAUCCGUUCAUGUGGGAUGCGUUUCUAAGCUUGUGCGAGACUGGUGUUGAUAUGCGAGUUUCAAAUAUUUACAAACUAAGUCCCGAGUUAUACGGCAUGGUAUCGUCUUCUGUAUUGGAAGAUGUAGAAUCCACGUCCGACAAAGUUGCUCCUCCCGACGGCCCCUUACAAACGCAGGCCAACGUAAAUCCGAGUAUCGACCCGUUCACCUCCGCCGCGGCUCGCAGCGAAUCGAACACCACUCAUGGUAGCUCCGCCUUGUGGGAAAAGUUUAACGGAAGCACAGUUAGUGUCGCGUCAUCAGGAACCGGCCAUGUUAUGCGUGAAGGCAUGGAAACGCCUGGUGGCCAUAGCAGCGAGUCUGACGAACCUCGUGUAACCAAUGGGACUAGUGCGGAUGUCUUUGAGCCGCCAUUAGCCCCUGCAAAAAAAAAUCGAACAAUACAAACAAUAGGCGCCGAUCCUUCUAUGGAUCCCCCACCAAAAAUGAGGCCGACAGGCAUACGACAAAGAGCACGGGCUAGAGUCGACACAGAUGAGCAGACAGGUGCUCACUUGGAAAGAGACGUUACUAUGGGUCAUAGGAUUGGAGAUCGCAAGCGAACAGUCUCCGGCCAAGUUGCGCAUUCUUCCACAUCAAAUUCAACAGAUCAAUCAGGGGGGCAGCGACGAAGUGUGCGGCUCUUCAACCAAAUAAAACCCACAUCAAAUAAAAUCUCUAGUGCGGCAUUGGGGGUGAAAGAUGGCCGAGAGGUCAAGAAAGUGAGGGCUACAGGGACAAAAGGGCGAACAGCAACAGCCUCGCAUGUAGGCCGCGUGGUUAGCGGCAAUAAUCGGAAGCACAUCGGUGAGAUUCACGACAGUGAUGCCAAAGAAUACCGGGGGACAUCUAUGUCGACGUCAAAUGGUACUCAGCACGCAACAUCCAGAGCAUCUGCAUCGGAGCGAUCCAAGGCAGUCGAGGCCCUGGCUUGGAUCUUGGAUUUGUUCUCAAAGCUAGCUACCGGCUACUACUGUUUAAGCCGGUAUAAAUGCACCGAUUCCAUUCAAAUAUUUAGCUCUCUUUCCCAGGGCCAGCGCGAGACGCCAUGGGUCCUUGCCAAUAUUGGACGAGCUUACUAUGAACAAGCAAUGUACUCAGAUGCCGAGAAGUACUUCGUUCGGGUGAGAGCAAUGGCCCCAUCAAGGCCAAAAGACAUGGAGAUUUACUCAACAGUCCUUUGGCAUCUGAAGAACGAUGUCGAACUCGCUUAUUUGGCGCAUGAGCUGAUGGAAGUUGAUCGCCUAUCACCGGAGGCCUGGUGCGCUGUUGGUAACUCCUUCUCACACCAGCGAGACCACGACCAAGCUUUGAAGUGUUUCAAGCGUGCAACCCAACUGGAUCCACACUUUGCCUAUGGCUUUACGCUCCAGGGCCACGAGUAUGUGGCCAACGAGGAAUAUGACAAGGCACUGGAUGCGUAUCGAAACGGCAUUAGUGCCGAUAGCCGGCAUUACAAUGCCUGGUACGGAUUGGGAACGGUCUAUGACAAGAUGGGCAAACUUGACUUCGCCGAACAGCAUUUCCGAAACGCAGCCAAGAUUAACCCGUCUAACGCUGUCUUGAUAUGCUGCAUCGGCUUGGUUCAGGAAAAGAUGAGCAAUCCCAAGACAGCAUUGAUCCAGUACAAUAGGGCCUGCUCUCUUGCUCCUCAUUCCGUCCUUGCUCGAUUCCGAAAAGCCCGCGCGUUGAUGAAACUGCAGGACCUCAGAUCUGCUCUUACAGAACUGAAAGUCCUUAAAGACAUGGCGCCGGAUGAGGCCAAUGUCCAUUACCUACUUGGGAAGUUGUACAAAAUGCUCCGUGACAAGGGCAAUGCGAUCAAGCACUUUACGACGGCCCUGAACCUUGAUCCAAAGGCAGCACAAUACAUCAAAGACGCAAUGGAAGCCCUUGACGAUGAUGAGGAAGAUGAAGAAGAUAUGGCAUGA